CUGACAGAACAGUUGGUUUACAGGGAAGUGGGUAGAAUGGUUAGGUUUCUAGAACUGUGUCACAUAAGGAGCGCUCGUUUGAAUUCUACUUAGAUAGGAGGGGGCUGAGCGGAGCUGUGCCAGCUGUCUGCACCGUUCUGAAAGUGCAGCCUUGGAAACGGACCGAUACGUUCUGUGCUUGUGACUAGAAGGGGGCCGGGAGGUCAAAGCUAGAACCGACAGCUCUGAACGGCGGUAGGAAGAGUGUCCGAAUUAUCAGAGCCACACGCGGGCAGAGAAACGCUGUCUUGAGAGGUGGUGAAUUCUGUGAUGUUCGCAGCUGUUCAGGCAGCACUAGGAAGUCACUUGUCAGUCAUCUUUCAGAACGGCGUCCUACGUUUAUCAGAGACUUGCCCGAGACGCCCAAGAUGGAAACUCUGUCUUUCCCCAGAUAUAAUGUAGCUGAGAUUGUGACUCACAUUCGCAACAAAAUCUUAACAGGGGCUGAUGGGAAAAACCUCUCCAAGAAUGAUCUGUAUCCUAAUCCAAAGCCUGAAGUCCUGCACGUGAUCUACAUGAGAGCCCUGCAGAUGGUGUACGGGACCCGCCUGGAGCACUUCUACAUGAUGCCAGUGAACUCUGACGUCAUGUACCCUCAUUUAAUGGAAGGCUUCUUACCGGUCAGCAACUUGUUCAUCCAUCUGAACUCAUUCCUGCCCAUCUGCCGGGUGAACGACUUUGAGACCGCCGAUAUUCUGUACCCAAAAGCCAAACGGACCAGUCGGUUUUUGAGUGGCAUCAUCAACUUCAUCCACUUCCGGGAAGCGUGCCGUGAGACGUACAUGGAGUUCGUGUGGCAAUACAAAUCUUCAAUGGACAAAAUGCAGCAGUUAAACGCCGCACACCAGGAGGCACUGAUGAAACUGGAGAGACUCGAUUCUGUUCCAGCGGAAGAGCAGGCCGAGUUCAAGCAGCUUUCAGACGAAAUCCAGGAGCUGCAGCAAUUGCUGAAUCAAGACUUUCGCCAAAAAACGGUAUUGCUACAAGACAAAAAUGCUCAAAAGAAGGCUGAUAUUUUAGAGAAAACCAAGCAUUUGAAUGAACUAAAAUUGUCAGUGGUUUUUCUGAAAGAAGCACAGGAGAGUUUGAAAACGAAAAUUGUGGAUUCUCCAGAGAAGCUAAAGAAUUACAAAGAAAAAAUGAAAGAUACAGUCCAGAAGCUUAAGAACUCCAGACAAGAAGUGAUGGAAAAGUAUGAACUAUACCGAGACUCGGUGGAGGGCCUGCCGUCCUGUCAGCUGGAAGUGCAGUUGUAUCAGAAGAAAAUCCAGGACCUCGCCGACAACAGGGAUAAGCUGGCCAGCAUCCUAAAGGAGAGCCUGAGCCUGGAGGACCAGAUUGAGAGCGGCGAGUCAGAGCUGAAGAAGCUCAAGGCAGAAGAACAUUCCAUGAGACGACUGACGAACGUGAAGAAGGACCGACUUGCCACGGCUCAGUUCAGAAUGAACAAGAAACACGAGGACGCCAAGCAGUACAAACGCACCGUGCUCGAAGACUGUGAUAAAGUUCAAGAAAAAAGAGGUGCUGUCUACGAACGAAUAACCACAAUUAAUCAAGACAUCCAGAAAGUUAAAUUUGCAAUUCAGCAACUGAAAGACACCACUGAGAGGGAGAAGCUGAAGUCCCAGGAGAUAUUUCUGAACUUGAAAGGCGCUUUGGAGAAAUACCACGAGGGCAUUGAGAAGGCGAUGGAGGAGGGCAGUGCUGAGCUGGAACGGAAGACAGCCGAGCUGAGGAAGAGGAUGCUCAGGCUGCCCACCUGAGGAGCGUGAGGACGUGUCUUUUGUAAAUAGCUCUCCACGUGUUAAUUUUGUUAGGAACGGACACAAAGUAGAAGCUAGUGGGAGUAGCAGCAGUACCAAGUAAUGUAUGCUCGGUCACUUUUCUGUACCCCGAGUUGUGAUUUUGUAAGGCAGUGCGUUUCCUGGAGAUCUUGCUAACUUACAAAGCUGUGUGGCUGUCCUGACUGCCCCGCCCCUUUUUGUAAGCAGUGGCACAAAGAUCGGUUGUUUCUAUGCACCAGUAAUGAUCAGAAGGCGAAAUUAAAAAAAACAGUCCCUUUUACAUUUGCAUCAAAACAUCAAAUAUAUAGGAACAAAUUGAACCAAGGAGGUAAAAGACCUGUACUCACAAAGCUAAGGCAGUGAAGGAACUGAAGACAGACAAUGGAAGGAUAUACGUUGCUCAUGGAUAGGAAGGAUGAAUAGUGUUAAAAUGCCCUUAUACCUGACAUAAUAUACAGAUUCAAUGCAAUCCUUUUUUGCAUACCAAUGGCAUUUUUCUCAGAACUAAUCCUAAAAUUUAUACAGAACCACAAAAGACCCCAAAUAGCCAAAGAAAUUUUAAGAACAAAGUAUGUUCCUUGAAAACAAAGCUAUACUAGAAUAAUCAAAAUAUGGUACUAGCAUAAAAACAGACACACAGAUAAAUGGAACAAAAUAGUGUGCCCAGAAAUAGCCCCUCACUUACACGGUCAAUUCAUCUACGGCGAAGGAGAGGCUACAUAUAUACAGUGGGGUCAAGACAGCCUCUUCGGUAAGUGGUACUGGGAAAACUGGACCACUUUCUUACUCCACAUACAAGAAUAAACCCAAAGUGGAUUAAAGGCUUAAAUGUUAGACCUGAAACCAUAACACUCUUAGAAGAAAACAUAAGCAGUGAACUUGGACAACACUCUUAGCGCCACCUUUUUGGCUGUGUCUACUUGGGCAAGAGCCAAAAAAUAAAUGGGACUACAUCAAACAAAAGUUUCUGCACGGUAAAGGAAACCAAAACGAAAAACAGCCUAGUGAAUGGAAGCGUACUCGCUAAUGAUACCUCUCAUAAGGGGUUAAUAUAGCAACUCUGAGACGUCAACACCAAAAAAUAAUCCAAUUAAAAAAUGGGCAUAGGACCUGAACAGACGUGUCUCCGAAGAGGACACACAGAUGGGGCAACACACACAUGAAAAGAUGCUCAAUGUCACUAAUCAGGGAAAUGCAAAUAAACCACAGUGAGGUAUAUCUGUCCAAAUGGCCAUCAUCAAUAAAUCAAACAAGUGCUGGCGAGGAUGUGGAGAAAAGGGAACCCUUGGGCACUGUUGGUGGGGUUGUAAAUAGGUGCAACUGCUGGGGGAAAUGAGGUUCCUCAAAAAAUUAAAGAGACAACUUACCUUAUGACCCAGCAA